AUGAAAACCGGGUACGGUUUGAACACGGCGGAUUCGCUCGGAUACUUGGGCUACGGUUCGAAGCCGUACUCCUCGCUCAACUAUCUCGGCAGCAAGGGAUACAGCUCCAGCUCCGCCGGAGGAAUACGCACCAAAAGCGCCCUGGACAAGGAUACCAUAAUGUCCAAAGUGAAAAAACCGAAGCUCAGAAAAACGUCCACCGACAAAGUCGAUCUACCGUUGUACAAGAAGAAAACGUUCGACUUCACCGACUAUGCGUACCGUGAGGCUGUGAACCGUCUGAAGUUCCUGCUGACCGAAGCGUACGAACCGACGAAGGCAGCCACCAGCUUCUACUAUCGCGCCGUCGACGAUGGAAAGUCCGAGGCGUCCGACAAUCAGUCCGUCGUCGAGCGGCCAUCACUUACCGAGGUGUCCAAGUACUUCCCAUCGACGGCCGUGUCACGAUACGGCGGCGGUGGAGCUCUCGGUCGAAGAUAUAGUUUCCUCCACCGGGAUGCGAUGGGCGCGGGAACGUCGGCCGGUGCGCUAAAGCCAGCCACGUCGAACACCAGCUUGCAUCCAACGCCAUCAGUGAUUGCUGCGCAAAGCCUAGAGGUCGCACAGCCUCCGCCGGAACUGCUUGGUUUCAUCGAGAAGCAGGAGAGCUACAUCGAGCAGCUGGAGCGCGAAUCUCAAUACUGCCGGGAAGAGUUGUCAACCUUGCUAAAAAAGGUUAAGGACGUGGUGUCGGAGAAUGAAGCCCUCACGGAUCGCACCAGAGGUAAGGGGCUGUACCAGCUCGAUUCAUCCGAGAGCGACGACGUCGACUACGGGGACCGUGUUGGGCGUGAUGGAAAGCACAGUAAAUCCCUGUCGGGUCCGAACAUCGUGUUUGAGUCGCGCAUUAGUGAGCUCGAAGCACAACUGGCGCAGUCACAGAUCGACCUGAAGAAGCUGUUUAAUGAGAAUGAGGAAAACAAGCGCAAGCUACUUCACGGUGCGAGUGAUGUUGGCAACGCCGAUGCCUAUCGGAAGCAGGUUGAAAACUUACAACGGGAUAAGCAAAACCUUGAGGAAACGGUACGGAAGUUGCAACUCUCGAUUGAUCAAUUGAAGGACUCCGAAGCCUGUAACUUUAACAAGUCCCAACGAAGCCGGGACAUGAUCGAGCAGGUGGCGUUCGAGCGAAACCAAGCUGAGAUUGAAAUACGUCGUCUAAAGGAUGAACUGGAGCGUCAACACGAGCGUGUUCGGGAGGUCCAGCAUGAAAUGGCGAAGCGCCUGGCGGAGGAACGGGCCAACGCCGAGCGUCGCUACACCUACCACGUCGAUCAACUUGGCGGAGACCUCAGCAGCCAGUGGGAACACGCCACCAAGCUGCAGCUCGAGGUGGAGCGUAUGAAACGCAUCGAGUCCGACUACAAGCGUGAGCUGAACCAGAAGAACUCCCAAAUCGACGAGCUGAAGAUGGAGCUGAAGAACAAAUCGGCAAUCUUUAUGUCCGAUCUCAACCAGGCCAGUGCGGAGAAGCAGUCGUUGGAGCAGGAAAUCACUUCGCUAAGACUUCAACUGGAGCGUGCCGAACGUCAGGCGAAGGUGGAAGUGUCCCGGUUAAACGCUGAAAUAACGUCGCUCAGACAGCGUCUCGAUCGUGCCGAUGCCGAUGUUCUGCACUCGAAGCGGGAAAACCUUAAACUUGCCGACGAGGUGGCAUCGCUUGAGAAAGAGUUAACUCUCGGUGAACUGAACCGAGAGACUCGACCUUCGAAGGAACUGGCGAAAAUUAUUUCCGACAUGGAAGCAAAGCACACCAACACCGUUUCCGAACUCGAGGGCAUGAUACAAGAUCAAAAACAGCUCAUGGAAAAACUAACUGCAGAAUGCAAAAGCUUGACGCAUAAGUUAGAGGACACCACACAGAAGCAUAAAGAGGAAAAGCGGGAACUGCGCCAAACAAACUCGGAGCUGAUGGAACGUCUGAAGCAAAUCUGGGCCAACUACAAACAGAUCAGUCCAGCGUUCCGGAAGUCAAGCGUGGCGAGCUCGUCCUGCGGGGACUUGGCAAACUCUAAUCCAGCCCAGCUCGUACAGCAAUCAACGCUGGCUCACGGCCCGGAAGUACUACAGCACGAUAUCCACCAGUACCAGCACCAACCAAUGGUCGAACACCAGCGAGCACCGUCGAUGACGGAGCGGCCAAUGGAAGUGGCGGAGGUAGAUAUGCCGGAGCCACCGGAGCAGGAAAAUCGUCUCGACCCGAGUCACGAACAUCCGAUCGCCAGCAGUACCCCGCGGGCACGAAGCAACCACCCGAGUUGUCCCGCAACAAUUCCGUCAUCGACUACGGCAAGUACGAGACGGGUGAGAGACGAAGCGAGUCACGGCUGUCCCGUAGCUCCGUCACCAACGACGAUGGAGGGGGAGGAGGAGGAGGAGGAGGAACAGGAUCAUCAGCGGGUACGGUGCGCCCAGGAGGCGUUCCGAAGGAGCCAGAGUAUGGACGCGGAGCAGUGGAACAGGAGCGUCUGUCACGAGCCAGCGAUUCCACUAAACCGGACAGCACCGGAGGCGGCGGAAGUGGCCGGCUGUCGCGAGAAUCCGUGGCCGACCAGCAGCGGACCUCUCGCCAAUCGAUGCAGUCACUCGUCGGCUCACAGGGACCAGCCGGAUAUGGGCAGGAUCCCAUGCAAUAUGCCACCUCUGACACAACCGACCCAGCAGCGGCAGCAGCGUAUGGACAAUCUCAACAGCCAUAUGGAGACUUUGCAUACCAGCAGGCCGGUGGAGAGCAGUACCAGCCGCUGGACGACCAAUCUGCCAGUGCCAUGUACGGCGAGGGAUACGAUCCUUCCCAGCAGCAACAGCAAUACGAUGGAUAUGCAGAACAGCAGUACGAUCAGCAACAGCAGCAGCAGGCCUACGACCAGCAGCAGUACCAAGGCUAUCAGCAAUCAUAUGAUGCACAGCAGUACGCCACUGAGCCGGUUUAUGAUGACACCAGCUACGCCACCGGAGCUGGCACCGUGCAGCAGCAACAGCAGCAGUCUCCACAAGGCGCCCAACAGUCACCAACACAAAUAUCAGCACCAGCAGCAGUAUCCGCACCUCCCGUUGCACCUACACCAGCACCAGCAGUCGCACCCACUCCAACACCCGCUCCAGCGGCAACCGGAACCGGCAAACAGCAGCAGCAGCAGCAGCCAGGAAAAUCCGCAGUCACAGUGGAACAGAAGGAAGGCAACCGAACUGUGGGGAACACACGCUCUGGCGCAUCGUCCCGGGCAGGAGCCAACGGACAGCGAUACAAGCAACCGUCCGGCACGGGACGGUAAGACCCCGUGCUGCCAUCCGAGCAGCAGCCGGCCUCGCCAGCACCUUCCACAAACGACUUGCGACUUUCGGCCGAUCGAUAGCUAUCCGCAUAUUAGCAUCAGCAGUCCGAGCCUGUUCGGGAGCAGUCCGGACAUUAGUCUCACGCCGUCGCCAACGUCGACAGUGCUGAAAAACUAUGACGCGGCCAGCCCCAAUCCUCGCUAAGUCGUGGCCGGCGCAAGCGACGAUAGUUGUCUGUUUUCCAGCUGUGUGUGGUGUUGUGAGUUUGAACAUGUUUUUUAUUGUAUUUAACUUAGGUUUCCCUCCCUCCCUUCUCAAUGCCCGUUCGGGCAUAUUUGUAGUGAUACCUGACGCUCUUGAAAAUCAAUAAA